UUUGAAUUUGAUUUCAGGGUUAAAUGAAGGCGUUUACUUGACUUUGAAGGACACAUGUGGUUCAAAUGAGCAGAGUUUUGCGGUUGGAUGGAGAUCUAUUGAGAGCAACUGUAAACGAGUUGUCAAGAGUUACUGAACUUAGAGGAAUACCAUUUUCUAGGUUUACUGAGCUUAAUCGUAUAAUCAAAGGUUUUCGUACUCAAGAAAUGACAGUUUUGUCAGGAAAUACUGGUGUUGGUAAAACGACUUUCAUGUGCGAGUACUCGCUUGAUUUGGCUGAACAGGGAGUUCCGACACUUUGGGGUAGUUUUGAAAUGCCUCUACGGAAAGUGUGUAAGACACUAGUCCAACAGUUCGCAGGUGAGCCACUAGAUCCUCCUAUACCCAGCAGAAUCGCUGAAUGGGCUCGUAUGUUUAGCGAAAACAUUCCUAUAUAUUUUAUGAACUUACACGGGGCUCAAAGUUUGACAGAAGUAUUAAAGACUAUGGAGGUUGGUGUCAAAGAUUCUGGCGUAGAACACAUAGUUAUCGAUAAUUUGCAAUUUUUACUAGGCGCCGGUGAUGGUGCUUUCGUGGAACGUUUUCAGCGUCAAGACCACUAUGUACAAAAAUUACGUGCUUUUGCCACUGAAAAAGGUACACAUGUUACAAUCGUCGCUCAUCCUCGAAAAGAAGAAACUGGUCGUCUACUUUCAAUUAACAGUUUAUAUGGUGGUGGUAAAAUUUCUCAAGAAGCAGAUAAUAUCAUGUUCUUGCAAGUGGAUUCAUCUACAUCGAUCCCUAAGAAAUAUUUACAGCCUUAUCAAUAAAAUCCAACGGAUUAGUAGUUAAAAAUCGUUACGAUGGAACUUUGGGUUGUAUGGACUUGAAUUUUCGAAAAGACCGUCUUUCUUUCCGACCACGACCACGUGAACUAGUAAUCCCAACAAAAGCAACAACGUUUCCAAGGAUAGUUGGUUACGAUUAAAUAUUUUGUCAUUUUUUCACAGCAUUUCUAUUACAGAUAAACUUGCCAUAAGCCACAUAUAUGUAUAUAUAUAUCAUGUACAUGUAUGUAUUUUUUCAUCCAUUUUUGUACAAUUAUCAAAUCCUUGCCAGUAUGACUUUAUUUCUAUUGAGAAACAGAUUUCUAUAUUUAAUAAAUUAUUAUUACUAUCAGAUAUAAUUGUAUUCUAAAAAUGUACAUUAAUAAAUAAUUUGAAACAAUAAAAG